AUGUUCUCCAAGAACCGCUUCAAUGGACAACACGGAACAGGCGUUGCCCCCAAAGGGGACGCCAAGGAGAAGGUUCGCAAAAAGAGGGCCCCCAACCCCAGGGUAGCGCUUGUCAUCCGGGAGAAGAUCCACCGCCUGCUCCAAGGAUCCGGCCAGGAACUACCCGCCCCAGACCAUUGCUAUGCUGGGAUCGAAGAGGAGGGAGGAGGAGAGGGGCAGGAGGAAAGAAAGGAGGGCACAGAUAUUUUUGCGAGGUGUGGGCCCAGAGAGGAAGCUUGCUCUUCGAGGGUCCCCAACUGUAAGGCUCAUGGAGGGGUGUCUGGGGCUUCCUGCGUUGGUGAGGUGGAGCUGAACAGAGAGGGCUGUGUCAGGAUCCCUUGCACUCUGCAGCACAACAGCAGCAGCCAAUCUCCAGGGAAGCAGAAAUUGAGUAUCCCAGACGGGAUUAGGACUGUCCCGGAACAGAGACGAACACCCAAACACCAGAAAUGGAUCAUCCCGGCAGGGAUCCGGACCAUUCCAGAACGGAGAAGAGAAGCCCGACACCAGAACCGGAUUAGCCCAAACAUGAACAGCUCAGGGUUUGCCGCAGCGGCAGGGGCAGCAGGAGGGAAGGCUGGCUUCAGUCGGACCAAUGCUGAUCCAAAGAGACCUGUUUCUAUGGGUGACUAUGUGGAUUACAACUUCAACAGAACUUGGCACGAUACUCUGCUGGAGGAGGAUGAGGAAGAAGAAGAGGAGGAGGAGGAAGAGGAGGAGGAGGAGGAGGAGGAAGAGGAGUCUAGCGCCAUCAUCGAGCACAUUCUGAAGGAGCUGAGAGGGAUCAACAAAAUCCAGGAGGAGAUCUCGGACCUGCGGGAAUACCUUUCAUCCGUGCGUGGCUCUGUAGAGGAGGUAUCUUCCUGUGUGGAUGCUGUGCUCCAGGAGAUAGAGGGCAUUCGCUUGGGAAACAAGGCUAGUGGCAGUCCAGGGAAUGGGGCAGCAGGGGGCAGUGAUGGAUCCUCCUUCACCCCUCACCAGAGGCCUGUCAGCGCAUACGGCAGUUUGGGCAGGCAGAUGGCGCCUUCAGAAUCUAAUAUCUACCGACCGUCCGUCUUCAGCCAACGCCACAGCAUCCACGGGACGCCAGUGGAGUUCCACUUGCCAACGUUAGAAGAAACGUCUACCACAGUCUCGCCAGGCACCGAAUCAGUAGAGCCUGACGGCCAGGAGCAGGAGGAUGAUGAGCUGUCGGAACACAGCAUCCCAGAGCACACCAUGGUCAGGAAACUGAACUGUGGCUACCUGGAACGGCAGGACGACCAGGACUGCCCCAGCACCAGCUCCCUGUCCUCAGGACACAGCCUCAAUUCAGAGUCUGACCUCGAGAGACCCUUGUCCAGCCACGGUGCAGGGCGUGGUGGUGCUAGAGGUGGUAGUAGGGGUGGUGGGUUGGAGAGCUGGGGUGGUUGUGGCCAACAACAUGGUGGGACUGGGAAGUCUAUAUGGUGUGAAGAAGGCUGUUACUCUAGACAGAGGACUCUGGAAGAGCAGGACGGAGAGGGGCCUGCCUGCGUGGAGGGGACAGGGAGCUGGGAUCGGUACAGGGGCUCAGAGGGGUAUAGUACCGGUACCCUGGGCCAGUCUUCCACAGGAAGCUCUGAUCGCCUCUCCCUCCACUCCUCUGGACGACACUACAACUCCCCCGCCAGCACCUCCAGCCGCGAGGAGAGGCGCUGCCAUAGACGGAGGCCGCAACAACAGCAUGGGACUCAAAUUCCUACGAACACCCACCCAGAGUGCCCCAGCCUGGGGUAUGAGGGUCCUGCUGAUUGCUCAUUUCCCCGGAGCUCUGGUUACCACUCAGCGGAAGGACAUACUGAAGAGGUGGAGAGCUAUGGCUACACAGAUCCCCCCACAGAUCUCAGCUACACAACUGACUGCCAAGUUGAUAGUUACCUGGAGAACAAUUCUGGAUAUGAGCACGACAUGACUGAGGAGUUUACAGAGGGGACCUGUACCUGGACUGUGAACUCCUUACUGAGCUACCCCACUGUGGCUGAAACAGACAUGACAUUGGUCAGUGUGGAUGAAGGAGUUAUUCCAGACAUGGACGGCCACCUACCUCGCCCUAACAGCGCAGAGAUCCAAAACGUGGGUUUUAACGUGAAGCGGAUCGGACGAGCCGUGCUGGACUUCAGCUCCGCCCUGCGGGGGGCACUACGCAAGCUGGAAGGACCCGGAACUGUCCAGAGUCCUGGAGAUGAGACUGAGGUUGAACUACCCACAAGCCUUUUUGUUGAGUCUCAAACAAACCUAUCCCACACAGAUAUGUCCCAAACGCCACAAGAGGAUGGGGUGGACGCAGGGGCCAGGGACGACACAGAGGGACUAACCCAGACCAGUGUCCUCUCCUCUGCUCCCUCAGAACCCUGCCAUGGUGAACCCCUGCCAGAGGAGGUCAGUGACGGCCUCCAACAGUGUCAGGGUGACCCUUACGGACCUUCUCUCCUUCCUUACCCCGGACAGGACGUUUCCCAACCAGGCCCAGACCUUGCUUCACCUGGCCCAGAGCCUAUGGUCUCCCCACCCCAUGCAGAAGAAAAAGCAGUCUCUCCUCUGCCUCAGGGCCCAACACACACCCCCACCCGGAACACCUCUCUAUCGCAAUGCACCACUGUAGAGUCCCUCUCACUCUCCUUCUCGGCUGAGGAGCCGGCACCCCAGGAGGUGCAGGGAGACGAACCCCCACCGCUGUUGCUGCCACAGCCCGACACAGAAUCCCCAGAAGUCCCAGAUACCCCUGCAGCCCCAGAGGGCGAGGCAGCAAGAGAUGCAGCGGGAAAGGCAGAGACAGCAGAGGAGCACCCCAUGGAGAUGAGCCAGAGGGACGUGCGGAGGCUGAAGUGCCUGAGGACCUUCCAGCAGAUCCUGCGGGAAAAGAGGGAGACGCGACGCCAGCUCACCAGCAUGACCAUGUCCGCCUUCAAGGAGGACGACCUCACCCCAGGUAGCUAUCACUUACAUGUUCAUCAUCUGGUUAUUUAUUAA